CUCAGUCUCCUCUGGGACUUCUGCUUGCUGUUCAGUUUCUCGAGCUGUAGUUUUUGUGUGUGUUUGUUUAAAUGAACAACUAGUCCUGUGGCACAGUUAAGUUUGGUGUUAUGGUAAAAACACUGGUAUUGGAGUAGAGCUGGGUUUUAGUUGUUCUAGAUUAUUGCAGGUUAUGUUAUUAACAUUAUUAACUAGAUAUCAAAUGGAUGAUGUAAUGCGCUAUUUAUCCUCUCAGGGGAAAUAUUAAGUAGAUACACAGGACUGCAGGCAACAGCUGCUGAUAUUGCUGGGUGCUUUCCCAUGGAUGUUAUCAAGUGUUAGCUUCAUAACUUCAGUGAAUGUCUCACGGAAAAGCUCUCUGGUUCCGAGAGAUUUGGCUUGUGGCACCCUCCUUUUCUCACCAUAGUCUCCCUGGAGCAGAUUGCUGAGGUGCAGAGGAUCUCAGGUUUGUCUUUAAUGUUACUUUUAAAUCGCGUCUUUGCAUCCGUGAGAACACCCAGCGUAUUGCAGUCUGCCUUGAGGCCAGCUGAUAAGGUCUGAAUGGUAGUACCUCUUGCAAGGCAGCCUGUGCUCGUUCUGCGCGCACAAAGCUGUCUUUUAGCUGCCCUGUAGUGGUCCAGAGGGCUCUGUGCACGCCUGAACCUUCCCUGAUGCCCCUAAAUGUGUAAGGGCUGGGGUUCAGUCUUGAAGUGUAGGGUAAUGGCCUCUCCUUGCUGCAGAUGCACGAUGCUUCCCAUAACAAUGUGCUGUGGUUUGGGAGCCCGGGACCGAGCAAAGAGCUACCCCAGUUCUUUCAUUUCAGCUGUUUUUUUUCUUUAGAUGUUCAGGUUAUCCAGGCCCUGUCAGUGCUGUUUCUGCAGCCCUGGUGCGGAGAGCCAACAAGCACUUGGUCAGCCCAUCUGGAGGCGAAUGGCACUGGAGAGAAUCCCAGAGGCAGCAGCAGGUCCUGACAAAUGCUCCUCCUGCACGUAACCCUUUGUGGGUAUUGCAGAUAAACCAUCCUUGUCUCAAGCAAGGGGAUUUUGUGUACGGUUUUCCUGACAUCCAUACAGAGUUGCUGUGCAAAGCAGUAAUUUGAAUCUCUGGCUGAGGGCAGCUGAGCCUGGGCUGUGUCAUGGAGAUUAUCUGAUUGUGCCUUGGAUUUAAUGCCCAGAGAAAUCUUGCUUUGGACACAGCACCUGGCUUCCAGGGAGGAUCCUGCUUGUAGCUGAUAUGCCUGCGGGGUGACAGUGGCACAAGGAGGUCAAAAGACAUGUCUGAGGUCUCAAGGUAAAGGACUGCAGUGGGGAUGCUCCUCCAGAGAUUCACGUGCUGUAGAGCAGAGCAGGGAGCUUUGGUCAUCUGAUGUAGCUGGGUUGAACAGUGAAUAACCUUCUCCUCCAGCAAUCCUUUGUAUUAAAGGGCUCCUCCUGCCCUGCUUUGCCAGCAGAGCUGUCUGUCGUCGCAGCAAACGAAGAGCCUGACCCUCCGGGAAGCAGCAGAUUUCUGCAGCUGAAAUCUGACUGCAGAAGUGUGGGAGCAAUGUGCUGCUCUGCAGCAGCCUGGCUGCUCCUGCACGGCGGGUUUGUGCUCCCUGGCAGCGCUGCUGGAGGCGCAAGGCUUGUGUUUGGGGAGAUGCAGCCGACAAAAAGAACAGACCUUCCCGUUAGUCCUUAAUUUGGGCUUCCCUCUGCGCCUUGCGCCAGUGUGUUGUAGGCAUGCGCCCUCUUGCUGUCUUGCCCAGGACCAGGAUGAUGAGUUGAGGAAGUGCUGCUAGGGUUAACAGCGGGGUAAAGGAGGGGUAGUGAUGCCUGGUCAAGGAUUGCCAGGGCAUCCUUUUUGUAAAGGAGGCUGCAGCACGUCUGCUGUUUAUUGCUUCCCCCCUGGCUCUGGGGAGAUGGUGUGCGGGCUGGAGGCAGCAAACGCGCAUGGGAAGAGGCAAGGCUGAGGGGGAAGUUUGGCUCGCUUGCAGAGAAAACAUCUCUUUUUUUCUUUGUUCCACAUAAACCCAGCCAGAAGUAACCACUGACACUGCUUUCUCAGCAGGGAUUUUUGCUGUCUUUCCAUUCAAGAUUUGGUGGGUCAAGCCAGUGACCAGACUUCACUGCUCAGCUGAAUUGUUUUUCUCAGUUUUGUCGACGCCUCUGAGCUCCCUGCAGCGAGGAAGAGGACAGGGCCAUCCUGAGCCAUGUCCAGCGACCCUCCACCGCCCUACCCGGGAGGCCCCUCAGCACCGCUGAUAGAGGAGAAGCACGGGCCGCCCCCCGCGGCAGAUGGCGUCCCUCCAGUGGUGGGACAACCCCAGGGGGUUCCCAUUCCUCCUCCUGAAUUUGGGCCCCCGCCAUAUGAGCCGCCCUCGCAGCCAGGGUUCGUACCCCCCCACAUGCCCACAGACACCUCCGGACCCUACGUGCCACCAGCAGGUUACUACCCCCCGCCAGGCCCUCACCCCCACAUGGGCUACUACCCGGCCCCAGGCCACUACCCCUCUCCCGGCGGCCACACAGCCACAGUGCUGGUCCCAUCGGGGACCGCCACCACCGUGACAGUGCUGCAGGGCGAGAUCUUCCAGGGCGCCCCAGUGCAGACGGUGUGUCCCCACUGCCAGCAAGCCAUCACCACCAAGAUCACCUAUGAGAUUGGGCUCAUGAGCUUCCUUCUCGGCUUCUUAUGCUGCUUUGUGGGGUGUGAUCUCUGCUGCUGCCUGAUCCCCUGCCUGUUCGAUGACUUCAAGGAUGUGACACACACGUGUCCCAACUGCAAGGCCUACAUCUACACAUACAAGCGCAUGUGCUAACAGCACCCGGGGAGCCUGAGCCACUGGAGUGACACCGGCCCCUCUCCCGCUGCCAUCCUAGUCUCCGUGUGUGCAACACUCCUUUGCUUAACUCUCCGGUGGUGUCUCUGUGUGUGUGUGUGUGUGUGUCCCCAGCUCCCUCCCGCUCAGAGCUGCGACCGUCUCCCCCAGCCUCUGGUCCUCGCUGUGAACGGUUGGAUUGGUGACGCGGGUGCACAGGGAAGGUGGGUGCUGGCCCCAGAUGCUGUGAAUGGGGCAUUGCUCUGCAUCCCCCAUGCUCCCAGGAGGGGGGUGCCAGUGAGGCCCCUCUUGCCUGGAGCAGCAGCUACUGGGGGCGCCUGCCUGUGGGUCCCCCACAGUGCAGGGGGUGCCUGGCAGGAGGGAGCUGCUGCAGGCACAUGCUGCCAGGAGUGGAGCAGGGGCCAAGCAGCCCACAGCAUGCACAGGGGAAGCACUUUUAGGAAGUGGUCGGGUGGUGGCACGGAGACAGGGCAGUGCCACAUGUUUCAGUGUGGGUGAUGGCCCUCUCCAGCCUGGUCAGUGUGCAGCCCGUAGGCAGAGCCCCCUUCAGGGCAUGUUGUGUGGGGGGGACACACGGCAGCAGCACCGCACCCUUGAUCAGCACCUCCGUCCUGCCAGAGCAGCCCAGCAACCACUGCAGUGCUGCUCCAGCUGCAUGUGCCCCCUCCCAGCCCCUGCUGUGGCUCUUUUGGUGUGGGAAAGCCCCCGGCAGACCCUCGCCCACCUGCACACUGUUAGUGACAAGUGCCCCGGCAUGCUGCUGUAGGUUAGGUUGGUACCAGGCCCCGCUGGCUCGCAGCACUGCAGCAGAGCCACAGCCUGAGUGCAGCAGGGGCUGUGGGCACACACCCUGCACCACCCAUCCUGCCGCUGCCACCACCGCACCCGCGGGGGUUCCUCAUUGCAUGUGGGUGUAGGGGUUUAGUUUUAGCUCACUUGGUAGGGGCUGAAGGAAGGGGGCAAGCAGGCAGCGACAGGAGCUGCCCGCAGCACUGUGACAGAUGAGGGCAAGAGGACGUGGGAGCGUUUUCAGCCUCUCUGUGGCAGCUCCUCCCUCCCCAGGCCCCACAGCCAGGGCAGCCAGAGCGCACAGCCCUUGGAGUGAAGCAGGGGUCUUAGUCCAUAGGUCUGCAUUCACAGCUGGGCCUGCACAGGCAGCUGCCGUUUGCUCAGAGGUGGAACUGUGGCACUAGUUUGUGUUUUUAUGUAAAUAAAUAACAGACCCUCAA